AUGCUCAUACCUUCCACAUCAUCAUCCACAUCAUCAUCUUCUUCUGAAUCUUCUUCUGAAUCCAUUUCACUGCCACUGCUGGCUGAUCAAAACCUCCUUCCGAAUUAUCAUCUUCAUCAUCAUCUCGCCGAAAUGGAAGCCAAUUAUGCGCAGGUAAUAAAACCGACGUGUGAAGCGUUUCAAGAAUGGCCGGUCUAUCAUCAACCUCAGAUUCAAUUCAUGAUUCCUCCACACGAUUGGGGCUAUGCACAUCUUGCGGCUCCAGCAUUCCAACCUCAUCAUUCUCUCUCAACUCCUUCAUCUGCAGCAGUGGCAGCAGCCACCAUCGCAUCUCAAAGUACAGUACUACCACAGACUUCAGUGGUAACAAGUACACCUCCAUGUCUGAUGAAACAAGAGAUGAAACAAGAGAUUGAGAGACCUGAAAUCAUCCAGAGACUCAUGCCCCCAUGGCCUCCUUAUCAGUUUUCAUGUGAUGAUAAUGUGGGUCCGGGAGGAAAUCAACAGUCGAUUUCGGAUAUUUCGGAUGAUAGUGAACAGACGUGUCCUGAUGAUUUGGAGGGAUUCGCCAAGCAGUUCAAGCAGAGGAGAAUCAAAUUGGGAUACACACAAGCAGACGUCGGUGUUGCUCUCGGAACGCUCUACGGAAAUAUAUUUUCCCAGACGACAAUUUGUCGAUUCGAAGCGCUUCAACUCUCUUUCAAGAAUAUGUGCAAACUGAAGCCCCUUCUGUUCAAAUGGCUUGAAGAGGCUGAUUCGACUACUGGAUCUCCCAACUCAACUUUCGAAAAAAUGACGGGACAGGCUGGAAGAAAGAGGAAGAAGAGAACGAGCAUUGAGGUUAAUGUGAAAUCUCGUCUGGAAUUCCAUUUCCAAGCAAAUCAGAAGCCAAAUGCGCAAGAGAUUGGACAGGUUGCAAUGGAGUUGCAGUUGGAGAAGGAGGUGGUCCGUGUCUGGUUCUGCAAUCGUCGUCAAAAAGAGAAGCGAAUCGCUCCGAAUCAAUACGACGGACCCCAUCCGAUGUCCCUUCAAAACGGUUAUCCAAUGCCAACUGAUCUGUUUCCAUAUCAAGCAGUUGUCAGUCAUUACGCUCAACAAUCUCCCUCGUUAAAUCAACAACAACAAUGA